AUGGACCUCCGGCUAGUGGAGCCAGCUGACCCGACUUCCCCUAGUGGCCUCAAGAAAAAGCUACGUUCUUCCCUUUGCAUUAUCCCUUGCUUCACCAACUCUAAAUCCCACCACCACCACGGCUCCGUCACCGCCCCUACGACCCCACAAGGCUGCAGCGCCAGCCGCCGCAGCCGAGAUGAUUUAGGCCUCCUACCCUCCUCCGACGCCUCCCUCUCCACCCCUAAAUCAGCACGCUCUCACCACCACCACCACCACAACCACCACCACGAGUUCUCCGAGCUGAAGGACAAGUGUCGGAAAGUCAUUGGUCGCAUGGGGCGCCACAGCGGGAGGAGGCACUCCGGGGACUUCAAGUACGACGAGUUGAGUUACGCGCUCAACUUUGAUCACGAGGACUCCAACAUGGAUGACGACAGCUUUCCCCUCAGAAACUUCUCUGCGAGGUUGCCGCAUUCCCCGCCGGCCGAGUCCGCCGCCGCUUCUCCUUCGUCCAAGGAGAUAACCGCUUGUAGCUAA